AUGAAGUUCCUCCCACUCAUCCUCGCAUUCGCGGCCAUCACCACUGCCCAGCUCAACACAACCCAAUCGUACAAGCUCAAGACCAAAGUCAAAGGCCGUCCACCAGGAAAAGACGCCUUCAACAACCUCUACCUCCAAAGCUACCACACAGGCGCCGGCAUCAGCGACGUAAGCCUCACCACCAACGCCACCGCCGGAAUCAAAGGCUUCCUCAAAAUCACAAACAUAACCACGCCCGACUCCUACGACGGCCACGUCUACAACCAAGUCUUCGAUCUGGGCAACGAAUUCCCCUGGGGUCUCGUCAUGGUCCCCUACGACACGUUCUACACCCAGUGGCAGCCCGUCGAAAUCAACGCCGGAGCCGUGGGUUCGGGGUAUACGGUUUCGGGGUUCUUCAUCAAUGAGACGGGGCUGCAGUGGACGAGCAGCCCGGGUGCGAUUGGUAGUGCCAGUGAUUCGUUUGGGGGUUGGUUUGUGUGUGAUUGGUGGCAUGGGACGUUGCAGUUGUUUUUUAGGCUGUAUCCGUCUAGACGUGGGGUGACUCCGUGUAGCUGUGCGGAUGUGUAUCUCGUGCCUGAGUAUAUCUGA